AUAAGGUCAAAUAAGGGUGAAUUUCUUGUUUAAGAAACACCAAUCGGCCAGCUGCAUUUUUAAAGUAAAGUAGCGUAGCGCUCAAAGUCCUCUGCGGCGCAACUGUUGAGCUCUCAAGCCAUCAGCUCAGUGUGGUGAAUACAGCAAGAGACUACAGCUGCUGAUGAAUGAACAUGCAGUAGUGAGGUGUAAAACAUAGCAAAACGUAAAAAUUUCCUCGUUUCUGGCAAAAAACGACAACAAAACAAAUGCAAUUAACAAUAAACGAAGUGCAAACAGUGAUGUGAAAGCAAAAUUGAUAACAACGGGAAGACCACAAAGUGAUUGUGCAUAAAAUAGUGAUACAAUUAGGACCGGUAAAUGCCAAGUAAAAAAAAAGCAGCCACAAUGGAAGGCAAAGUAGUAGUAGAAGUAUGUUGAAUAAAUUUGUAGUAGUGUGUAGUUGUACGAAACAGCGUGCAAGCCGAAACUGGCAAAACUGAAAAGAAGAAGAAGAAGCGAGACGAACACAAAAAGUACACAGACACAAGUGCAAAUAGGUAAAAACAAAAAAACAAAAAAUGUUAAAAUAAUUUGAUGAAAUAAUUGUGCGUGAGACAAAGGAAAAUCAAACGCCGGGCAUGUUAAAGUCGCCAGCAAAGCAGCAGCUGACGGAGCAACAACAACUAGUGGAGGCAGGAGUGGGAGCAGGCGGAGCAGCAGCAGGAGCAGUGGGCAGCUGCAUUUACCAGCAAUAAGAAUGUUGCUGGCGGCAGCCGGGCAACCAGCGCCCUAUACCUACGACUCGAGCGCGUCGCGCAAGAUUAACAAUAACAACAACAACAAUAGCAGCAGUAGCAACAACAACAACAACAAUGUCAGCGCAGGCACGAGCACACCCACCCAAACAAUUGGAGCAGCGGGCACGCUGGCGGCUCGUCCCACAACCGCCAGCAGCAUAGCCAGCAAUGCGGCCUGUGCGCUGAUGAAAACGCUCUCAGUGCGCCUGCAUCGCGGCACCGAAUUCAUCAAGGACACGGUGCAAAAGGCGCUGGUCUUGAAUGCCUCGACGCCAGUUUUAGCACCGCCGGCAACAGAGGGAGGCAGCAGUCACAGUCAUAGCCAUAGCCUGAAACGCAAGCUGAUUGGCGCCGGCGGCAUCAUGAGCUCCGUUACCGUCUCCAGCUCCGGCUCUGGCUCAGGCACCACCUCCAGCUCCAGCGCCAGCAGCAGUAGCAGCAGCAAUCGCCAGCUUGUGCUCAGUCAGCCAUAUGUGGCGGCCACGGCUGCCUAUUUGCGGCAGUUUACGGUGGCGCCAUCCAUGCUGCAUCGCUCGGCAACGGCGCGCAAACGUAAUGCCAGCACAGACAGCUUACUCAUGGAUCUGUGUCUAUUCAAGCCCAUACGGCCCAUGCCCAUAACACCCAUCAAAAUCAACAAAGCACGCGGCUUUGAACUGAAGCGACCCAAAUUUAUGCCGCCCGCUGCAAAUGUGUACAGCGAUGCCGAUGACGACGACGAGGAGGAGUACGAAGAGGAUCCAGCACACAAGGAGCAGGAGCAGGCACUUAAACCAAAGCUCAGCACACUGACAUUGCCACAACAUGCCACCGCGUCCGCUUUUGUGCCACAUGAGCCCACUCAACCACAGGGCCACACCAAGGACAGCAGCAACACACUAACCUCAGGCACAGGCUCAGGCGAAGUCACAGUCACAGCCAAGCCAAAGGCAGCGACCGCAAAGCGUCGACGCCGCGCACCGCUGCUAACGACCAAAAGACGUCGCAAAACAGGAUCAGCAGCAGCAGCCGGAAUAACUCCAGCAGCCAAGGUAGCCGGCACAGCUACUGCAGCGACUGCUGCAGCUGCAACUGCAGCGCCCAAGCGGAAGCGACGCAGGGGCAAUUCCAUAUCGCCAAUGCGCCACUCGCCGCCCAUGACACGUCAGCGAGCGCGUCUACAGAUCUCCAACAGCAGCAACUAAGCAGCAAACCCUACCCACAUACCUAUCUCUCUGUCUAUGUGCACGGUUGGCCAUUGGAACGACAUCAAGGCUUGUUUUGUAAUCCAAUGCUCAAAAUUGCUGUGUAACAUAGAAAACAAACAAACACAAACACAAAUCCUAAGUCUUUGGUUCUAGUUACUGUUUAAUUCUAAGCGACGCGUUUCCAUUGUUUUCCGUUUGCGUCAACGGAAUCGAAGCAAGUGAAGCGCCAAUUGGCAACAACAACAAUAACAACGACAACAACAGGCAAAUCCCAAGAAAAUGUUUAUCAUAAGAGCUAUUCGUACCCAACCCCUAAGCAGCAGAAACCAGAGCUGCGCAUUUGCAUUUGUUUAUAGCUUACGGCCGAGACCAAUUUGUUUAUUCUUUAGUCGUUUACCCUAUUUGUGUUCUUUGUCGCGUCUGAUAUCUAAUUGUUAAUUUAGCUUUAAAUUUAUCAUAUUUUAUGUUUAUAAUUCUUGUAAAUUUUUGUUUACUUUGGUCAGCAGUUGCCGAGGCAACUUCACUUGCUUCAACUAAAUAUGUCUUAAAAUAAUAUAAUAUAUAUAUUUAAUAAUAAUAAUAUAAACUGGUCUUCAAGACUGAUGAAAAACUAAACGAAUAUUACAAAGAAAAACCACUCAUUUAAGGGCAACUGAUACACAAAAAAAAAAGAAGAAGAUAAA